CUAUAUAUUCGCAUUAGGGUUUCUUCAGUCCCUUCCCUUCUAGUUUGCCGCAGAGUUUGUAGCUGCCAUCUUCUUCUUCCUCCUCGUAUCUUCUGCGGCCUAGCAAUGGCGGAACAGACUGAGAAGGCUUUCUUGAAGCAGCCCGGAGUUUUUCUCAGCUCGAAGAAAACGGGUAAGGGUAAGAGGCCCGGAAAGGGAGGCAAUCGUUUCUGGAAGAGCAUUGGUUUGGGGUUUAAGACUCCUCGUGAGGCUAUUGAAGGAACAUACAUUGAUAAGAAAUGUCCCUUCACUGGCAAUGUUUCCAUCAGAGGUCGUAUUCUUGCUGGAACUUGCCACAGUGCAAAGAUGAAUAGAACAAUCAUUGUUCGUCGCAACUACCUUCACUUUGUGAAGAAAUACCAGAGGUAUGAAAAGCGGCAUUCGAACAUUGCUGCACACAUCUCACCUUGCUUCCGUGUGAAAGAGGGAGACCACGUUAUCAUUGGUCAAUGCAGGCCGUUAUCCAAGACUGUGCGUUUCAAUGUGUUGAAGGUGAUUCCUGCUGGCUCCGCUAGUGGUGGAAAGAAGGCGUUCACUGGGAUGUGAAAUGUGGUAUUUGUGCUAGGUCUAAAGCUUUCGAAUUGCGAUUAUACUAGACUACUAUCUUGCUUUUUUGUGUUUUUCUUUUUCAUUCAAUUGCUCUUGAACUCCUUGUUGUAUGCCAAAUUAUAGAGGUUUUUGAAAGCAGUCCUCUGCCAGUGAACAUUUGCAUUUUCUCCAUUGCAUUGAUUUUCCAUGUUUGUGCCUUGAUAUAUUUUUAACUUUUAUGUUAUCGUCCAAAUAAAUUAAAUCAAAAAUC